GUCGCGCGCGCACCAACGCGCGAUGAUUGCCUGUUGUGGGGCGUCGCGAGAUGCGGUCGUCAAGACAGCGCUCUUGAUCGCGCGGACAAUGAUGAGCAGCCCGCGCGACUCUUCCACACCUCUCCUUCGCUGUAUUCCUACACCUCUUCGCCCUCGCACAGGGUGGAGUCUACGCUUCUGUCUUUUCUCCCUUGUCAUUCGUUUCGCUGUGCGACCUCUAGGGCUUCUCUUGAACACCUCAGAGUCGCGGUUCGAGCACUGAUAUCAAAAUGGCGUUGUCCGAGUUCUCGUCGAUUGGAAAGAGGAAGCUUGGCGUUCAUGUCCUGUUGAUCAUCUUCACCAUUCUUGCCCUCGCGUUCGCCGUGCGGGUGAACCAUUUCCAGGAGUAUUACUUCAUGGCAGAUCUCUUCCCUCUAGGUCUUGCAGUGACGACCCUGGUCAUCCUUAUCUUCACGCUUGUCCUCGACGUUGCCAUCAAGAACAUACCCACCGCGCGCCCCGCAGUUGAAGUCGGCCUCCUCUACGUCCUAAGCAUCUUCUGGCUCGCGUUCAACGCAUUCUCUACCUCCCGCUGGAGCCGCAUUCCCAUGAGCUGCGGUUCAAUCCCCGAUGAGUACGCUGACAUGCGCGGGUGGUGCCGCGAUGUCCAGGCUCUCAAGUCCUUCGUCUGGAUCGAGUUCGUCGCGAUCUUCUUCACGGCGUCCUGGAUCCUCCGCUACGCCCUCUCGGAACACAAGCAGGGCCACCAGCACAUCUGGGGCGGCCCCCUCUCGCGCUACCGCCCGCACGAAGGCGCCCCCAACGCCCGAUUGACGUUCACGGACUACUUCGCCCCCGUCCGCGGCCACCAGGCCUUCGAGAAGUUCUGAGCUCUCAUGGAGCGCAGUGCAGCGAUGUGAACUAUGACGCUUACAGAAGGGGCUGGUGACGAUCCACGACUCAACAUGUAUACCUGCUUGGAUCUUGUUUUUGUUUUUGUGUUCGAGCCGGACGUCCUUCCGGCAGGGGCGGCUGGCGUGUGUAGUUUAGCUGAAAUAUCGUUCCUUGUUGCUUGGACAUGUUAGACGAGGCAUCGUACUGAGUGAAGGGCAGAAAUUUAUCUGAACCUCAGCCGUGCAACUCGCACUUUGCUGGCGGGGCCGAAAGCGCAUGAUGAGAUGAUGUACGUACGUUGCAG